AUGGCAAGGUGGAGAUUUUAUCUAAUUGGGAUCAUACUUGUUCUAUGUUCAUGUCGCUUUCUGUUACUUGCUUCUGCUUAUAAAACUGAUCCGGUGGAAGUCGAAGCUUUGCAAGCUGUCCGCCAAGCACUCAACGAUACAGGGAAUCGUCUUAAUAAUUGGAAUAAGACUGAUCCAUGUACAUCAAAUUGGACUGGUGUAAUCUGCCAAAUGGAUCAUAAUGAUGGCUAUCUCCAUGUCUACGAACUGCGGUUGCUGAGUAUGAAUCUUUCUGGGAAACUAGCUCCGGAGCUUGGGCGGUUUUCUCAAAUGGCCAUAUUGAAUUUUAUGUGGAACAAUCUAACUGACAGCAUACCCCCGGAGAUAGGCAAUCUAACUAAUUUGCAGCUCCUGCUUCUGACGGGAAAUCAAAUAUCGGGGCCUUUACCAGAUGAUCUUGGCAAUCUUUCCAACUUGACAAUAUUAAGCCUGGAUAAAAACAGUAUUUCUGGACCACUGCCCAUAACUUUUGCAAAUAUGACCCGUGUACAACACUUUCAUUUGAACGACAAUCAAUUCAGUGGUCAGAUUCCACUAGCGCUUUCUCAAUUAACUCAACUCUUACACUUGCUGUUGCACAACAACAACUUCUCAGAGUAUAUUCCACAAGAAAUUUCAAGUCUCCGAAGCCUAAAAAUUUUACAACUUGAUAACAACAACUUUGAACCUGGCGAGAUUCCAGAUUCUUUUCAAAACAUGCCCAGUCUGGUGAAGCUGAGUCUUAAAAACUGCAACUUGCAAGGACCUAUGCGUGAUUUUAGCAGUGCACAAAGUCUUCGUUACUUAGAUCUUAGCUCAAAUCAACUUAGCGGAAGCAUACCAACAAAUAGGCUUGGCGUCAAUAUCACAACUAUUGAUCUUUCCAAUAAUAUGCUUACUGGACCUAUCCCCUCAAAUUUUUCAGGCUUUACUCGUCUCCAGAGACUGUCACUUAAAAACAAUAAUUUGACAGGGAGUGUUCCUGCAGACAUUUGGCAGAAUGUUAAUUUUACUGCAAAUGUGACGCUUAAGUUGUAUUUCCAGAAUAAUUCACUUACAAGUAUUCCGAGCACUAUAGAUCCCCCUUCAAAUGUCACCAUUUGGCUUCAGGGCAACCCUGUUUGUACAAGUGCAAAUGAAUUCCAAAUAGUUCAGUUCUGUGGAUCUAAUAACGGAAGUGAUGAGGUUAGUGGAACUUUGAAUAACAAUCCUGAUCCUGCCUGCCAGCUCUGUCAAGCUAGUUUGUAUAUGGAAUAUGUCCCAGCAUCUCCCUGCUUCUGUGCUCUGCCCCUUGGAGUUGAUGUAGUUUGGACAAGCCCCAGCAUAUCUGAUUUUGGCCCAUACAUCAAUGACUUUGUGGUGUACAUGACGACCUCCAAAAGUGUCUUGAAUGGUUAUCCAUUAGUUAUCUACUCAUUUUUAUGGCAACAAGAUCACAGACUACAUAUUAGCUUCAAGAUUUUUCCUCAAAAUACCAGUGAAUUUAGCAAGACUGAGCUUAUUGCUAUUAUGGACUGUAUAGCUACAAUUGCUCUUCCUUUGAAUGACAUCUUUGGCCCAUAUGAAGUGCUCAAUUUUACACUCAAUGGAGCCUAUGCAGAUGUCAAUCCUGAAUAUCAAAAAAACCUGAGAAUACUUGAUGUGAUUGGAAUUGUGUCCGGGUGCAUUGCUGGCCUCAUUGCAAUAUCUUUGGUCAUUUUGUUUAUUUUGCGGAAAAAGAAAUCAAAGCGUAUGCACGAGGUUUCAAGGCAACUGUCAUUUGAACUUCCAAUCAGAGCUGCAAGUGUCAAGAGAUUUAGUUUCACACAACUUGAAAAAGCUACCAACGGUUUUAGUGAGACUAGUCUAGUAGGUCAAGGAGGCUAUGGAAAUGUUUAUAAAGGCAUUUUGGAUGAUGGCACAGUUGUGGCAAUCAAGAGGGCAAAGCAAGGAUCCCUGCAGGGUGAGAGAGAAUUCUUAACUGAAAUAGAAGUUUUGUCACGUUUACAUCAUCGCAACCUCGUUUCAUUGGUUGGAUAUUGUGAUGAAGAACAUGAGCAGAUGUUGGUAUAUGAGUUUAUGCCUAAUGGUUCUGUUCAUGACCUCCUAUAUGGUAGAUUCCGCAACCCUAUGAGUUUUGCCAUGAGAUUGCAUAUUGCAUUGGGUUCAGCCAAGGGCAUUAUCUACCUCCAUAAAGACGCUGAUCCAGCCAUCAUCCACAGAGAUAUAAAGGCAAACAAUAUAUUGUUGGACUCCAGUUUUACUCCAAAAGUUUCUGAUUUUGGAAUCUCAAAGCUUGCACCAGUUCCAAGUCAUGCAGGAGGUGAAGGUGAGGUGUUCACUGCUGUGAGAGGCACGCCAGGAUACCUUGACCCUCAAUACAUACUAACUCACCAUUUGACAGAAAAGAGUGAUAUUUAUAGCCUGGGAAUUGUAUUUCUAGAGCUGUUGACUGGGAGGAAGCCUAAUCAUCAUGGUAGAAACAUUGUUCUAGAGGUGAAUUCAGCAUGCCAAUCUGGGAGGAUUUACUCUGUGAUAGACAAUCGCAUGGGUCCAUACUCAUCCGAAUGCCUCAGAAGGUUUAUGGCAUUAGCCCUCCAGUGUUGUGAGCACGAGACCAAGGAUCGACCUUCAAUGCUGCAAAUUGUGAGAGAGUUAGAGAACAUAUCUUCAAUGCUUCCAGAAUCAGAAACCUGCCCAACAGAUUCAGAUAUGUUAGCCUCCUCAGGCUCAGGAUCCUCAGGAUUUCCCGCAUCAUCUGUCAGUUCCAGAAGAAACUCACAUCUGUCUGGGGACUUUCCUGAAGAUGGAAGCCACCUUGUUAGUGGUGUUGUCCCCACCAUCAGACCUCGCUGAUCCCCACCAUUUUCUUUUUGGGGCUUCACUAAUCCUAUCUACCAUCACUUUGCAAAAAUAUAGUGAACUCUAAUUUCUCUGCACAGCUUGGACGUGGUGUUUAUAAGGUGUAAAUCAUACAUAUCUAUGCUUUUUUGUUAGAGCCUGUUGUAUGU